AUGACUUCAGUGUUUAUGACGUCGUCAAUAAAUUCAGUGAAUUACAACAAUUUCCAUGGAUAUUCGAACUAUGGACUCAAUUAUUUUAAUGAUUCGGCAAGUGAGUUUUCGGACGAGUAUCAAAAUUCUACAUCUCCAGUUUCAUCACCUCAAUAUAAUGUACAAUGUCAUAUGAAUAUUCAAUAUAAUCAAUAUUAUGAGCAGACUCAUCAGAACAGCUCGACAUUUCAUCAGCAGCCAAGUCCGAUUAAAACAAUUGAGGAAUGUCAAAAAUUCAGUAACUGCAGACAAGAAUCAAUCAAGGAUCAUCAAAAUAUUAUUAUCAGCAGAUGUGAAAGUAUUGAGAAAAGUUCAGGCGAAGAGAAGUCUACAGUUGUCGUACCUGAAGUUCUUAAAAGAAGGCGCGUGGCUGCAAAUGCAAGAGAACGAAAGAGGAUGAACAACUUGAAUUAUGCAUUCGAUAGAUUAAGAGACGUAGUUCCAAAUUUAGGAAAUGACAGGAAAUUGUCGAAAUACGAAACACUUCAAAUGGCUCAAACAUAUAUCGCAGCACUAAAUGAGUUACUAAAGAGGGACUGA